AUGUCUAUGUCAGUGGAAGAUUGUGCAGCUGUCAGACAGCCGAACCCCGUUCCCGACACACCCACGAAUGUUUUUGAUCAAUUGAGCAUGAAAGGAAAGGUGGUUGCAAUCACUGGUGCAUCAGAUGGUAUUGGUUUAUCAGUCGCUGAAGCAAUUGCCGAAGCUGGUGGUGAUUUAGCUCUUCUGUACAACACCAACACCAAUGCAAUUCAACAUGCUGAUCGAUUAGCAAAUUUGCACAAAAUCCGCGCUAAAGCAUUUCAAUGUGAAAUCUCAAAUGGAAAAUCUGUUCAAGAAACGAUUACCAGCAUUGUGGAUACAUUUGGCAAAUUGGAUGUCUUCAUUGCCAAUGCUGGAAUGUCGAUUUCUAAGCCAGUCUUAGAACAAACAGAAGAAGAGUUCCGUCGUCAAAUGGAUGUGAAUGUAGGAGGUGCUUUCUUCUGUGCAAAGUAUGCUGGUGAAGUGUUCAAACGUCAAGGUAAAGGAAACCUAAUCUUGACAAGUUCAAUCUCUGCUCAUAUAGUCAAUGUGCCGGUCGAUCAACCCGUUUAUAAUGCUACAAAAGCAGCUGUUUCGCAAUUUGGCAAAUCGUUGGCAAGAGAAUGGCGUGAAUUUGCAAGAGUGAAUAUUGUCUCGCCAGGAUUCUUUGAUACCAAGCUUGGUGCUUCUCCAAGAUGCAUCAAUGAAGCUUAUCGAAUGGCAGUCUUGGGACGUCAAGGUCAUGUUAAGGAGAUCAAAGCUUUAUAUCUCUAUCUUGCUUCUGAUGCCUCUAGCUAUCAAACCGGCAGUGAUACUCUCAUUGAUGGUGGAUACACUUUGCCUUAA